CCUAAGAAGAAGAAGCAGAAGAAGAAUAAGAAUAAGAAGAAUAAGAGGAAGAGGAAGACAGACCGGAGUUAAUUUGCCUCAAAUUUAAUAUUUCAACAGUAAUGAAGGCCGAACAUUACCGACCGCCAUCACACGCUCAUCAAUGACACCACGAUGGUUGUCAUGGUGCUGGCCAUUCUACACUUCCUCUCAGCAUCAGUCCUGACUGAGGACCCCCCACCGUCCCCCAGACAGGUCCGUGUUCUUCAGAAGCUGCUGACAUGGACUCCUCCCCCCACAGAGACAGACCUCACCUACAGCGUCCAAAGCAGGUAUCAUGCUGACGUGUGGAGAGAUGUCCCCUCCUGCGUCCACAUCUCAUCCACUUCCUGUGAUGUCACUGUGACAUCAGUGGAGAGCAGGAAUGGCUGUGUGAGGCUGAGAGUACGAGCAGAGAGGCGGGGCCUAAACUCCCCACCUGUUGAGGCGUGUAGCUUACACGGUGACUCGUGCACACCUGCUGUCAGCCUAACCGCUCGGCCGACUUCCCUGACUGUCUACCUGAGUCGUAACCACAGCCUUGCAGAAGAGCAUGCCGCCCAUGUCGAGCACCGGGUCAACUACACCCGAGAGGGAGACACCCAGCAGCUCUCUAGAUUCUCUCCCUCCUCUGUGACACUGCCUUCUCUGGAGGAGGGGCAGCGAUACUGCACUCAGGUGGAGUUUAUGCUCCAUGGUCAGCCUGUGGGCCCCCCCUCCUGCCCACUGUGUGAGACCAUCCCACAUACAGGUGUCCAGGUGAGUGCAGGUGUGGUAGCCAUCGUGGUCAUCGUCCUGAUCCUCAUGGGGAUUGCCUCAGCCUACGUCCUCCUCUUCAAGGGAAAAAGGAUAAAACAGUGGCUCCGUCCACCAUACAAGAUCCCAGAUGAUUUCCACCUGCAGCGCCCCCUACCUAUCUCUACCUACAGCCUCCCAGAGGAGAACUGUGAUGUCAUUUCAAGUGUGAUCCCAAAAGAGCAGAGAGAAUGAGAUGGACCAACACCUCCACCUGUGCUGCACCUUUAAUUUCAAACAGUCACACCUGAGACUCAGCUGAAAGGAGGGAACACCAUUUAAUGUGAUUGAUCAAAAAAAAGACCGAACAGAGAUUCACAAAGAUAGCAGUUGUAGGUCUAUUGUAAAUCUACUGCUGGUCUACAUGUAGAUUCACUCUAGGUCUAUACGCAGGUGUCCUGCAGAUCUACUGUAGGUCCACUGUUGGCCUUCCGUAGGUCUAUGUCUGAUCUUACAAUAGGCCUUUGGUAGGUCUAGAUAUAGUUUUGCUGUAGGCCUACAGUAGGUCUUUAUAUGGUCUUACUGUAGGUCUAUAGUAAAUAAUAUAAAGUGUUUCUGUAGGCCUACCCUAGGUCUAUGUAUUGUUUUACUGUAGGUCGAGGCUAAGAGUUGCAGUUAGGAAGUGAUGAUUUGAUGCUGGUUGGUGUCACCAGUCGCAGGUGUGCCCUUGUCCAGCUUGGUUAUUUGAACUUUUGUCCAAAUGGAUGGAUGUUACCCCCUGAGACAGCUGCAAGUCUGUUCAUUAUUAAAGAUGUUUUUAAAGACAGGGUUAAUUAUAUUUUAUACCGUCUCCUUUCAUCUACUCUAAAUCAGACUAACUCACUGCAACCUUCAUGUCUGUUACUAAAGAUGUUUCUAAAGACAGCAUUAAGCAUGUUUCUACAUUUAAAGUGUCCCUCCACACUGUAGUCCACAUGUCUGUUUAUUUUUACUGCACUUUAAAGUUUUAUUUUGGACUAAACCUAAAUCAGUGAUCUUUUUAAUUGACUUUGUCAGCUGGUUAAAAUGUCUUUUUAACGUUGUUUUUUUUGCUGAUUCUUCUUUAAGCAUGUUGAAUCUGAAAUGAGCUACCUGACUUAUUAACCAUCUGAUCAAUAAUUGAUCAGAUGACUUUGAUCAUUAAUCAGUCCAUAUUUCAGGAUUGUUAACAGCUUUCUGUACUGUCUGUCAGAGCUCAGAGCUUAAAGAUAAUAAAUAUUUUUAA